GAUGCUAUUUCGAUUUUAAGUUCUACAAAAGUUGAUUUAUUUUUUUUUGUGUUCUUCACCACCCCCCCUUUCCCAAUUUAGUUUCAUAAAAGCAUGUAAACUUAUGGAAGUGGAUUUGUAAAACCGUAGGUUCGACUUUUUAAAAAAUCGUUCUUUGACUGGUCCCGCGAUGAAAUCUUCCCUUUCUUCUGGCAUGAACUCCUCUCUCUGGAUAGAUAAUUGCAGAUCAGCACUAUAUCUCUAUCUGAUGCAGAAGAACACAUCAUUAUGAAUCCAGAUGCUGAGCAGGAUGUGGCAGUGAAACUUGCCCAGGAGCGAGCUGAAAUAGUAUCAAAGUAUGACAAGGGACAAGAAGGAGCGAAGAUUGACCCAUGGGAAGAUGCAGACUUCCAUAUUUAUAAAAUCACUGAUCGAUUUGGUUUUCUACAUGAGAAAGAGUUGCCAAUGCCUGAUGCUGUAGAAGAAAGACUGAAACAAGUAGAGAUUGAAAGAACAGGAAAAUGGCUGAAAAUGCUGAAAAGCUGGGACAAAUAUAAGAGCAGUGAAAAGGUGGUACGGAGAAUUUACAAGGGAAUUCCCCUGCAACUAAGAGGAGAGGUCUGGUCUCUACUUCUCGAAAUACAAAAAAUCAAGUUGGAGAAGAAAGACCUGUAUGAUAAACUGAAAAGCAGAGCUCGGACAGUAUCUCCAGACAUCAGGCAGAUUGAUCUGGAUGUGAAUCGUACUUACAGGGACCAUAUCAUGUUCAGGGAAAGAUAUGGAGUGAAGCAGCAAGCUUUGUUCCAUGUUUUAGCUGCUUAUUCCAUGUAUAACACGGAAGUGGGUUACUGCCAGGGAAUGAGUCAGAUCACUGCACUGCUUCUUAUGUAUCUGAAUGAAGAAGAUGCCUUCUGGGCACUUGUGAGACUAUUGUCUGACUCGAAACAUAGUAUGCACGGUUUCUUUGUUCCUGGUUUCCCAAAACUGUUACGGUUUCAAGAGCACCAUGAUCGGAUUUUGAAGAAGUUCAUGCCAAAGCUUAAACAGCAUUUAGAUUCCCAGGAUGUGUUUACAUCUUUGUAUACUAUGAAGUGGUUCUUCCAGUGUUUUCUGGACCGCACUCCCUUCACCCUCACAUUGAGACUCUGGGACAUCUACAUGCUAGAAGGAGAUCGAAUUCUCACAGCCAUGUCAUAUACUAUUCUUAAACUUCACAAAAAACAUUUGAUGAAGUUAUCAAUGGAGGACUUGAUAGAAUUUCUGCAAGAGUCUUUGGCCAAGGAUUUUUUCUUUGAUGAUGACUUUGUUAUAGAUCAGCUGCAAAACUCCAUGUCUGAGUUGAAACGUAAUAAACUGGACUUGCCACCAGCGGGUAAACCCGAAGAAUUUCCACAGAAAUCACUCGGCCAGGUACCAGUGGAACAUCAAGAACCAGCUGUUAUCAAUCACAUGAUCAAUGGACAAAACAACAUGGCUAAAGUAGGGCCUCCAGCAUCAAGGAGAAAAGACAGAAAGGCAUCACAAGAGAAAUUGCAGGAGAAACAACCUGACAACAGGCAUGGAAAGAGUUCUUUGGAAAAGACAAAUGUUAAAUCACAAAAGAUUGACCUUUUGGAAAAUCAGGGAGGCAAAGUGAAAGUUCUGCCGGAUCUUGAUGUGAAAAAACAGCAUGGAUUCCCACCACAGCAUGCAUUGACACAAGGCAACCCUAAACAACUUAACAAUGCUACUGCUAACCAGAACACAAAUGCUAACCCAACUGUCAAGAAGGAUUUUGCACCCAAGUGGAACAAACCUUCAGGCUUAAAAAUCUCAGAAGCAACUUCAGAACAUUCUGCAAAUGGCAAAGGCAGAACUGGAAGCUAUAAUACCCCAAACUCUCCAUCCACUGCAGAUGACUCUCUGAUGGCUAGAAGGAAGGCCAUUAUUAUAGAGGUUGAUGAAACAAAGAGAGACUCAAAUGCUUCAGAAUAUGACAAUGUUCCCGGAGUAGAUCAUGAAAAUGAAAAUCAUGCAGAGGAGAUCAUGGAAAAGGGAGAGCCUGAGGUAGUGCAAAAUCAAUCUAUCUCCCGAGAAGCCAUGUUAAAAAAUACUAGUCCUUCAAGGCUAUUGUCAGUGCCGUUAUCAAACAAUACAAGCAAUAUCAGUGCUAAUUCUCAAGCAAGACUUCCAAGGACUCAUUCAGGAUCAGUAAGUUCCAAACAAAGAUCUUCAGUAAAGCGGCAACCUUCUAUGCCACCAUCCUACUCUAGCCCUCCUGGGUAUCAUGGUAGCCUCCCACAGUACUCGCCCACCAGAGCUAAAGACGUAGCUGUGUUGCCGUCGUACAGUUACAAUAUGCCUGGUUCUCAAACACAGUAUGACAAUAGACAGUAUGGUACGAAGCCUGCACAUUUGCCAGACUACCAAGAGGGUAGAAUGAACUCCUUUACUAUUAGCCGCCAGUUUUCUAAUUCUUCUCAGACAUUCAGAACUCCAGCACAGCCUUUAGACCACAGUGAACAAUAUGAUUCAGUGGCCACAACCAACUAUGUCAGGCAUCCAAUUCCAUGUGAAAGUACACAGCAGCAUUUGCCAGAAUACCAACAGCAUUACAAAAGAAGGCAAGAGCAAUAUGAACAACACUGGAACCCAGAAACUGACAUUAGGCACAGAAGAAAUAUGCAAAGAUCACCCAGUUUUCGAAAUGCACGGCAGAGUCCUUUCCCAGAGUUUAGCUACCAGGGUGUGCCUGUAGCUGGUAGCAAUAUGUAUAAUAGAACUUCACCAUAUCCUGAUUCACAUGCACAAACAAAAUAUCCAAAUACAGCUCAGUUUGGUCCCCAACAUUAUGGAAAGCAUCAGACGGAUAGAAGAGCCAUCCCAGAAUCAGUAUUGCUUUAAGAUAUUGCUGCCCCUUUUUAAAAGUAAUGUGAACAGUGUUAAAGUAGAUCAUCUCUGACAUUUAAAUAUAUCUUUAGGAAGUGAUACAGUAGACAAGUUUCUAGCAGAGUCUAAAACGUUGGAUGAGGUUUCUAAUUUUAAAUGUUUCCUAACUAAGUACACUGGUAUUUCCCCAGUAUGUCUAGCUACUCGAAUUUACAAAGUUUGAUAAAACAACCAACCCGAAAUUGAGCACCAGUUCUUUUUCAUUAAAAUUGAUUGAAGAAAUACUGGCUGUUUUCUAGUGCCAGGAACCAUUGAGAUUUGAGCUCAUGCCUACAGUAGAUUGAAGUCUGCAUCUUAAGUGAUGUUCUGCAAGGUUCCACAUAUGUAAGAUUUUUGAGGGAUUGACUUGUAUUCUAUUGCUACCUUUUCACUGCCCAGGUCAACCCUGAAAUUGUUAAUCAUAUACUCAUGACAUGCAUUUGUUUUAAAAUAGAUUUAUUCAGCAAUAUUUGUGUAGUUCUUUGAUCUAAAAUCCUAGAGUAUACUGAGAAUUUUCCCAUGUGACUUUUGUGAACUCCUAUUCAAUAAUUUUUAAAAAGGUACCUGGACUACAUUUCCCUUAAGCCUGCCCAGACAGUUGCAACUGUCAGCAACAAAUGUAAUAAUGUAUUUUCUAGCUAUACUUGCACAGAAAUGUUGAAAAGUGCAUAGAGAUCAGUGCCAUGGCACUUCAGCUAAGUAAAAGAAAACAUGCUCAAUACAACAUUAAACCACAGAAUGUUUUAUAUUGUUAGUGCAUGUUGAAUUUCACAUCACUUUUAAUUGUGACCAGGUGCAUCAUGAUAGAUAAUUUGUGCAAAAUAAAUUUACUUGUAAAAUAAUAAAUUAAUUUAUCCUUUGAAUUUAAAUUGCAUCAACAUGCAUCUAAUAUAUUGUCAUGAAUUAUUUCCCUCCAGUGUUUCUAAAAUAUUAAAUAGCAGAAACUAUCCUUCUAGUUCAAACCAAAUGAUUAUGAUUAACAGUAGGUAGUUUUGAGUUGGGUGGCACUGGGUUUUUGGACCAGUUUAUUUAGGAUUCGUGUCUGCAGGUCUAACUUUCUGUUUGUGCCCUACUUAUUUCCAGAUAGCUAGUUGUAUCCAAUUAAUGACAUAUUGACUUCUUUUAAAAUGGUUUUAAAUGGAAAGGAACAAAGAACAUAUGCUGCAGAUUAUUCCUGUGUUUGCAGGCAGAAUGUUUUGGGGUAUAAACUAUUUCAGCAGAGUAGGGAAACACUGAAAAAAUAUUUAAGUUAACUGAAUACUAAUCCAAACACCUGAAUAUCAACGGACUGACUGUAUAUGUAAAACAGCACUACUGUGUGUAUAUAUGUAUGAGUAUGUGUGUAUGUGUAUAUAUACACAAAUGUGGAAAUGAAAUUAUCAGUACACCAUUUAGACAUUCUGAUCUGAAUAAACAAAUUGAUAUUGUUCAUUUCCUGCUCAACUUCUUGCUUAAUGAAACAAUUGCAGACCGAACUCAUUGCUGUUGAAGUAUGUAAUUAUUGUAAUAAUCCUUUAAGUCUUAAUCAUGAGUGUUUAAUUUGGACACUGGCUGUAUAGUAUAAAUGAGAUGGAGCAACUGAAACCUGCUAUCUGCAAUAUAUGUAUCAGCAGAGGUAAAUACUGUAGAAUUUAUAUAUUCACACUAUUUUCUUAAAUAAUCUGCAGCCGUUUUAUAGCUGUGUAUUCUAUUUUGUGACUGUACUUUUUUAACGUUACAAAAAAGACUUUGAACAAG